CGCAAAGCGGCGCUCAGUUUACUACAGACUCCGAACGACGCCGCAUGUCGUUUUUAUAGUUUUUGUGGCCGUGUGCAUGGUGUCAGUGUUAUUACAUACGACUAAUCGUAUUGUGAUCUGUUUGUGUGUGGUGUAAUCAGUGUCGGUCGGGCCCCGCGAUCUGGUGUGAUGCAGUUGAGCAUAUACUUAUGGCUGACUUGUGUGGCUCUCGCAGGAUAUGUUCGAGCGACAGAGGAGGGUGCGACUGCUGUGCCGGCGCCGGAGGCAGCAGUUCCGCAGCACGACGGCCCGUUCUCUGACAAACAGCCCAUCGACGAUGAGGGCUCCGGCCUAGAACCGGACGAGAGUUCCGGCUCAGGUUGGGGCGCCGGACCCGGCACCGACGACGAAGACGCGCGAUCAGGCUCAGGUGACGCCGACGGGCUGGAAGAUGAUGAAGACUAUAGUUCCAAUCGUGCAUUCGCCGGCCGUCCGCGGCUGAUCGUGCCGGAACCGGCGAGUGUCGCGCCGGAAUCCGAUCCGGCCACCACUCCGCCGCCGGUCCCGGACACGGAAUCGCCCGUCCUGCCAGUAGAUGACAAGUUCGAUGUAGUCAGUUCCGGUGAACCAAAGAUUUAUGAGCCGAUCGAACCUCGCAUAUUGGUUGAAGAGAACCAGCGUCCAGACCAGACCGACAUCAGCUUAUCAGGGGAGGAUCUCAACCCCUCUGUCGAGCAGGUGGACCAGGAGCAGGCGGGGUCGGAGAACCGCGGGCAGCAGCGGCCGGCGGACAGCGUGGUGUUCAUCAUGAACGCCAAGCCCGACGACCGCGCCACCAGCUUCUUCGCGCAGCCCGGCAUCCUCGCCGCUGUGAUCGGAGGGGCGGUAGUGGGAUUGCUAUGCGCGAUCCUGGUGGUGAUGUUCAUAGUGUACCGCAUGCGCAAGAAGGACGAGGGCUCCUACGCCCUCGACGAGCCCAAGCGGAGCCCCGCUGCCGCCUCCUACGGCAAGGGCCACAACAACAGGGAGUUCUACGCGUGAGACCUGCCCCAGGUCUACUAAAACCAGCCGAGAAGUUUUUAAAUGCGCGCCAUCUUGAAAACUCGAGCUGCCAGCCGCCGUGGAGCGGUUUCGAAUGUUCCAUUUUCAAAACUUAUGUUUUUUUUAC